UUUCUCACUUCUUCAACUGUUUCAGGAAGUGGGGCAGAGCUACCAAAAUCAGGAAACUAAGUGUUGCUAUUUAUACAACAGAGCAAAGGGCUGAAGCUGCUCAUAGAUAGUUUGGUGUGAGGUGGUGAGACGCAAAGCUCCGGUGAGUUCACCGAAGCAAAAGGAAAUAUUCUGGUGGAAAUUCGCUGCUUUUGGGAUGAUUUUGGACAUAUUUGAGCCAAAACGAUGGAAAAGCUCAUCUCAAGUCCUGAAUCAGGAGCCUCAGAGUCCUACGAGCUGCUGAUUCUACACACCGACGAAGCUCAGGAAUGGGCCACGUACUUGCAGCAGAUCUUAAAAUCAUCUCAGAAGUUCAACAAAGAGUCAAUUUUGCUGUACACCGUGAGCCCCGCCGAUCGGCUCCACGGUUACAACUUUGACAACUUCCAAAGCUGCAGCUGCAUCGUGCUGCUUCUCACGGGGUUGUUCCUAGACAUCCUCUUCGACCGAGAGCUGCACGGAGCGCUCCAGGAACUCCUCCGCCCUCCACACAAGGUGGUGACAUUGCUGUGUGGGGUGUCCGAGGAUGACGUCUCCACUGGGAGUUUCCGGGAUUGGCCGACAUGGAGAAAACUCUAUGCUGAUGAUGAACCGGCGGUUUACAUUUCCACCAUUCUGGAAUCCAUCACCGACAGUAAACGAGCAGCAUCUAAAAGUGGGAGAGAAACCUCAGCAAAGAUGGGCAUAAAAGCAGCACCUUCCCCUGAAAAUCCCACCACAGACAAAAACACGGAAGUGGCAUCGGAAAACCCAAGUUUAACAAUCCUGAUGGAGGAGAAGAAGUCAACAAGCCAAGAAAACCCGUCUCCCAGUCACCAAAACUGCCUGACCAUCCAACCCAGCAGGGUCCUGUGUGGGGAGCCAGAGACACUUUUCAUCAUUUUCUCAACCAAAAUGCAUUAUGGGACAGCACCAGAGGUGGAGUUUUCAUCUGAAAAUGGAGCUUCAGAGAAGGUGCCAGCCAAUGUGGAAAAUGAAUACACGAUAAGUGUUGCUGCACCUGACAUGCCAGCCGGCAUUACAUCACUGACUCUCUACACCGACCAGUCACGUGUCAGCCUGAAGACGGUCACGUUUCACACAAGUAUGGGAGAAGUCAGCCGAUACCUGGAGAAAGCUGUUGACCCCGUGGACUUCAUCUGCCAGGCUUUUGACCUUUCUUCCAACGCGACUGAAUCACUGGACACUUUGCUAACUGACUCAUUAAAAUCCAAGAUGCCUGAAAUUGGUCUUCAGCUGUUUGGAGUCCACCAGAUCGAAGAAGACAACAUGUCUGCGUAUCAACGCGCUGAGGAGUUUCCCACUUUGCUCCACUUUGCCGCCCGAUACGGCCUGAGGAAGCUCACCUUGCUUCUCCUCCAGUGUCCCGGGGCGCUGCAGGCUUACAGCGUGAGCAACAAGAAUGGAGACUACCCAAACACGCUGGCAGAGAAGAGCGGCUUCAAUCACCUCAGACAGCUGUUGGAUGACUUUGUUGAGACAGAAAACAUUCUAAAGCCAUCCUGUGGGGACGACACAAACUUAGAGAAUGAUGCUGAGGUAUACGAGCCGAUGUCGCAUACAGCAACAGACAUGAAAAUCCCGAGCUGCUCUGAGGAAAUUUAUGAAUCAAUGGUUGGGAUCGACCCUAACUGUGCAGAAGACCUCUAUGAGGUGAUGACUGCAGUGGAUAAGAAUCCAGAGGAGGCGUUGCUCCGGAUGUUUUUCCAAGCAACACCACAAACUUCUGAGCAUAAAGACAACAACCUUCCCCUCAAACACGAGGAGGGGAAAGACGAACGCAGGGACUUUGAUCUAAUAGAGGAGGAGGAGGACCCGUAUAACAUUUUCCCGGAGGACAUUUAUGAUACGGUGGAUGGAAACAGCACUUAUAACCCGGCGAUCCUGAACCGUCCACCAGCCCCCAUCCCCAGACCAGAAUCUGAGUCGGAGCCUGAACCACCCACAAACUACAUUUCUAGAGUUUUUUCAGAUAAAGGUUCAUCCCCGAGUAGACAGCUGGAAGGAGAAUACAGUACAGCUCAGCUCAUCGGUGAACCUCUCCCCUCUACUUACGAUCCCUAUGCUGGCAUGAAGACGCCGGGACAGAGACAGCUCAUCUGUCUCCAGGAGAGGGUGAAAGUGGGGGAGAUCACUGUGGACGAGGCUGUGCAGGAAUUCAAAGCCUGGCAGUUUAACCAUGAGGGUCGAGCGAGCUCCUUCCGCUAUCAACAGGAAAACAUCAAGAAAUUACGGGACAGCAUCACCAGGCGGCACAAGGAGAGAGAAAAGUCAGGAAAAGAAAUUGAAUAUGAAAUUAGUGCUCCCCUGCUGAGGAACUCACACUUUUCCUCCAACAUGACAGUACAGUGUGAUGUGUAUGAACCUACACCCAGAAUGAUGUCCCAACCCCCUCCCACAGCUCAGCCCAUCCAGAGAGGGAGCUGGAAGACCGGCAGCACCUCCAGCACAUCUAGUACAGAAAGCAACAGACUCAGCAUCAAAAGCACUCACAGCACUGUCAGCUACAGCAGUGGGACAGAACCUGAGUUUGAGGAUGCGGUAGAAAUGCUCCCACCACCACCUCGACCUCCCCGGCCAUCCGACCCGGCUCCUCUCAUUCCGCCUCCCAGAAUUCCUCCACGGAUCCCUGACAGGGUGCCUGAGAAGAUGCACGAGCGCUACAUUUCCUGCCCAACACGACCACUUCCUCAAAAACCUCCUAACAGACAAACCUGCUCAGCACCUCCCAUACCCCGCCGCCUACGGUGACGAACACAUGCUUCUGCUUUAAUGGGGUUUAAUGUCUAGUUACUAGUGUUUUUAAUGUAAGAUGGACAUAAAUGAGCUAAAGUCUGACUAAACUCACGUAGAAGGAAGCUCCGUAGCAACGCCUUGUUUCGCUAGUCUCAGCCUUAUUAACACAUUAGAUCAAUUAUUGUAUGUUUUGCUGUAUGUGUUUAAAACAUCUUUAUGUCAGGCCUAAGUAGCAUGUGCUAAUACAUAUAUGUUGUAAAAACUCAUAAUAAAUGUGCACCAUUCA